AUGGCGACUCAAACUAUCCACACUUACUCGCAGCAGCAGCAGCAGCACGACGAGCCAAAACAGUGCCACCAGGACAUUGAGGCCGAAGCUGCUCUGUCCUGCCUGCCCAAGGAAACACCUGUCUAUCAAUAUCAAAGCAUGCCCCAGAUGGCAGUUACAGCCCGCACUGUUGACGAUGAAAGCGGCUACUGUGUAUUUGUUGAUGUCCCUGAGAGAAUUGUUGGCGAUGACCGUGAGAGGGUGGGCUUCAGGAAAAUCACAAUCUUCCCCAAAUCCAAAACGCUUAUAGCGAAGAUGCCCGGACUCCCUCAUGAAGCUGCCACUGAGUGGUUCCACGACAACCUAUGCGACAAGGUGAGAGAUAUGGGAAUAAGAUACUCUGCAGAGCUGGAAGGCAUGGGCUCAGCUGCCGUCGAGAACAGGGAGACAGAUUACACCGUGCAGCCCAAAAACCUUCGUCGCGGAAGGUCUGCGAAAUUGGCCAUCAUUGGUCGUCGAGUCCGGGUUCACGGAGAGUCACGGGGACCUCGGCGACAAUGUGAAUUGGCGGAUUCAGAAGUCGAAGCAUGA